CGGUUUGGGGGACAAGUGACACCCAGGGCAGCACUUGGAUGUCCUGCGGCGCUGAGCCCGGGCAGGGGUUGGGGAUGUGGCCCCAGGGUGACUCCACGGCUCCCGUAGAUGUCCCCAAGGUCCCGGAUUCCCGCGGUGACAGCGAUGGCCCCCGCCGGGGCUCCCUCUGUGACCGGCACUGCGCUGCCAUCAACAACGUGCAGGGAGACCUGGGGGAGCUGGGCUGCCACCUGCACCGUCCCCGUGUCCCCACAGCCACGUCCACCCCGUCCUGCUGCCAGCAGCACUCGGAGGAGGUGUGCGAGAGCUGCGUGGUGAAAACCACCCUGACGGCCGAGAACGCCGUGGAGGCCAACAAGCUCUCCAACAACUACAAGUUUGGCUUCAAGAAAUGGAAGAGCCACGUGACGGCGCGGCCCUGGGAGGACCGAUCGGAGAUUGUCAAGGAGCUCUACUCUGACCUCAAUGUCAUCCGAGGUUCUGGAGGGUCCACGCUGACGUGUGGGAAUGUCCUUUACCUGCUGCUCUUUGGCUGGUGGCUCUCGCUCCUCUACAUCCUCGUGGCUGCCGUGAUGUUCCUCACCGUCCUGGGGGCUCCUUAUGGGCGGCUCUGCUGGGACCUGGCCGGGUAUUUCCUCUGGCCCUUUGGCAAAGUGAUCCAGAAAGUGGAGGUUCCCAAAUCCCAUCAGGUGUGUGAGGCCGGCGUAGGGGAGAGCUCAGCCCUGCUCGGGGGUCCCACACCGCGCCGCUGGCUCCCACGGUGCCGGGUGGGCACCGGAUAUUGGCGCCGUGCCGGCACUGCGGCGUGGCUGUGCCUGGGCUACCCGCCGCUGGCGCUGGCCCAUGGGCUCGUGUGCGUCACCGCGUGGCUCCUCAUUGUCCUCAUCCCGGUGGCCAAGCUGAGCGCCCGCGCCGCCUCCCGCGUCCUGCUGCUGCCCCCGGAGCGUGCGCUCAUCCGCCGCCUGAGGAUGACGGAGGUGCCUCUGGAGGGAGAGGUGAUUCUCUGCUGCUAUCGCGCCGCCAACCCCUACUACUACAAAUACGCCGUGGACGGCAUCAACGUCUUCGCUGUCAACCUGCUGCCCCUGGUGCUGGUGACGCUGGUGCUGGGCUACGUGGAUAGCCCCAACCACCUGACGGGCUCUGCCAUCAAGUUCACCUUGGCCCUGCUCUCCAUCAUGCCCCUCUCCUACUACAUCGGCAUGGCCAUCGCCAGCAUCUCAGCCCAGAGCAACUUUGCGGUGGGGGCGGUGGUGAACGCCACGUUCGGCUCCAUCACCGAGCUCACCUUCUACAUCACCGCCCUCAUCAAGGGCUCGCGUGAGGGCAACCGCUGCUACGCCGAGGUGGUCAAGUCGGCCUUGACAGGGACGCUGGUGGGCUGUGUCCUCUUUGUGCCGGGUCUGUGCAUGGUGAUCGGGGGCAUCUGGCACCAGGAGCAGCGGUUCAACAGCCGCUCUGCGGGCGUCAGCUCGGCCCUGCUCUUCCUCUCUGUGGGAGGUGUCUUUGCCCCGACGCUCUUCUCCAAGGUGUACGGGAAGCUGGUGUGUGGCGAGUGCCACAACGUCACCCAGAACCCGCUGGGCCACUACCUCUGUCACAACUGUCACUUUGACCUGAUGGACAACAACGGCACCCUCUACUACAGCCACGUCCAACCCCUGGUGUACACGGUGUCCAUCCUGCUCCCUGCUGCCUACCUCAUCGGGCUCUUCUUCACCCUCAAAACCCAUACGCACAUUUAUGACAUCCACGUCAGUGACUGUCACAGUGAGUGUCCCCAAAUGUCCUGGCUGCUCUUGUCACUGUUCUGGAGCGUCCCACACAUCUCUGCUCUGUCCCCAGUGCCUGGUCACCACCACAGCGCCGUGGUCCACUGGUCCCGCUGGCGAGCCCUGGUCAUCCUCCUGCUCUCCACCCUCUGCAUGUCGGCCUGUGCUGACCUGGCCACGGAGCACAUCAGCCCCAUCCUCACCAACUCCACCAUCUCACAGUAUUUCAUCGGUGUCACCGUGCUGGCGAUGGUGCCCGAGCUGCCGGAGAUCGUCAAUGGCAUCCAGUUUGCCCUGCAGAACAAUCUGAGCUUGAGCAUCGAGAUCGGGAACUCCAUCGCGGUGCAGGUCUGCAUGCUCCAGAUCCCCAUCCUGGUGCUCUUCACCAUCUUCUACCCGACCAACUUCACGCUCGUCUUCAGCGACCUCCACGUCUACGCCAGCAUGUUCAGCGUGGUGCUCAUGAACUACAUCUUCAUGGAUGGCAAAUGUGACUAUUUCCAAGGCACGGUGCUGGUGAUGGUUUACUUCAUCCUCCUGGCUGUGUAUUUCUUCGCUCCCUCGCCCAGCGGCUGCUGAGGUUUGGAUUCUCCUUCCUCCAACCCCCUGGUUGGGAUCAGGACCCAUCAAGACCUUUUCCAGUGUCUCAGGGACUCGGCCGGGCUGGCUCCGGUCUGGAAGCGCCGUUUCCUGAAGCUGCUGCUGCUGUUGGGCUCCCUCUGUGGGGCUUUGGGGAUGGGAAGGGUGGUGGCAAUGGAAUCACUCCCGAAAUGAGGAGCCUCAAAGCCUGAGCACGUCACAGAGGCAUCUCCAGCCCACGCUCAAGUGGCUGGAAGGAAAACUGUCCUCAGUGGAGGGUCUUGAAGGGGAUUUCUGCGUGUCUCGAGGACAGAGCCCUCCCUGGGGAUGUUCUGCACUGGGAGAAGGUGCCUGAGAAGUCCCUCAUCCUUCCAGGCCUGGCAGAGGCCUGGGAAUUGCACAUGGGAUGUUUGAUGGCUCCAGAAAUGCACCCAAAGGUAUUUCCAGCUGUUUUGUUAUUAAAGCAGUUUUGUACAAAUCAGAAACAA